AUGCUAGAAAAGAGAAAUGGUGACAAGCAGUGGAAACCGGCGCGGACAGCGUCCGGGAAGGCGGGAGCAGCAAAUGGAUUUCUCAUGGAAGUGUGCGUAGAUUCAGUGGAGUCAGCUAUGAAUGCAGAAAGAGGAGGUGCUGGUCGGAUUGAAUUAUGUUGUGGUUUAUUUGAGGGAGGAACCACGCCUAGCAUGGACCCUGGUAUCCUGCAAAUAGUGAAGCAAAGUGUCGAGAUUCCAGUGUUUGGGAUGAUUCGGCCAUGUGGAGCGGAUUUUUUAUAUUCAGGUCGUGAAGUUGAGGUGAUGAAGGCUGACAUUCGGCUUGCCAAACUUUAUGGUGCUGAUGGUUUGGUUUUGGGGGCAUUGACUGAAGAUGGACACAUUGACAAAGAGCUGUGCAUGCCCCUUGUAGCUCUUUGCCGUCCUCUGCCAAUCACUUUCCACCGAGCCUCUGACAUGGUUCAUGAUCCAAUGGAAGCUCUAGAGACCCUUUUAACCUUGGGAUUUGAACCUGUAUUGACCAGUGGGUGUGAGAGUUCAGCACUUGAAGGACUACCUUUGGUAAAGCAACUCGUAGAUGAGGCAAAGGGCAGGAUUGUGGUAAUGCCAGGUGAUGGCAUAACAGAUAGAAACCUGCAAAGGAUCCUUGAGGGUUCUGGCACUACCGAAUUCCACUGUUCUGCUCGGUCUUCUAGAGACUCAGGAAUGAAAUUUCGAAAUUUCGCUGUUGCAAUGGGAGCUUCUCUUGCUAAUUCAGAAUAUUCUCUAAAGGUAACAGAUGCAACCAAAGUAAGGACUUUGAACGUGAUUGAAAAGAAUAUCCUGGUUUAGUAAAACCUCA